GCGCCCUUUCCUGUGGGUUCGCAUGCCUGUUCAGAGCAGCAGGCGGCUUAGGCUCUCUCCAGAUUGUCACUGCGGCACCUCGCUCAGAAUUCGCUUCAAAAUGAAGUCUUAGAGAUGGGGGGUAGAGGACUACAAAAUGGAUGUUGAGCAAUUCCUAUCAGUGCCGAAAACUCCUUCGCUGAACUACAAAAUUUUCAAGCACGGCCUGUCGGCCAUGGUAUCAACUAUAGAGGCAGUGUCUUCGGUAUUUAGUAUUUUUGAACCUGGAGCUUUUUCUGUUAGAAGUUAUUAGAUCUUACUGAUUGAGUUCGUAAAUCAUAAAACAAGAGUGAAGGCUUACUGUGAAUUACUCUUUCGUAAGCAGGGCGAACACUUCUAAGUGCUUUUUAAGUGGCUGUUCAGCAUUGUUGAAUUUUAGUUUUUGCAGACUACUAAAAUUCGCAAUAAUUUUUUCUGAGUAAGCGAAACAUUAAUUAGCGGCAGUUGGAAUCGACGGAGUUACUUGCAUAUUUCUUUGGUUUUUGAGAUUGAAUGAUAACAGUGUUAAAGAAGUACAAGUAAGGAAUUUACAAGGAAUAGUUGAAUUUGGUUGGCAAAGCUGUAUUGUCCUUGCUUCUCUGAUAAGAAAUGACAGGUGAUUUGGCUUCUGCACAGUUAGGAGGAGCACCAAAUCGAUGGGAGGUUUUGUCAGCCACACCUACAACUAUAAAAGAUGAAGCUGGUAAUCUAGUCCAGAUUCCAAGCGCUGCUACUCCGAGUGGGCAGUAUGUCCUUCCCCUUCAGAAUUUGCAGAAUGAACAAAUAUUUUCAGUUGCACCAGGAUCAGAGUCAUCAAAUGGUACAGUGUCCAAUGUUCAGUAUCAAGUAAUACCACAGAUUCAGUCAACAGAUGGUCAGCAGGUUCAGAUUGGUUUCACAGGCUCUUCAGAUAACGGGGGUAUAAAUCAAGAAAGUGGUCAAAUUCAGAUCAUUCCUGGCUCUAAUCAAACUUUACUUGCCUCUGGAACACCUCCUACUAAUAUCCAGAAUCUUAUACCACAGACUGGUCAGGUCCAGGUUCAGGGAGUUGCAAUUGGUGGUUCAUCUUUUCCUGGCCAAACCCAAGUGGUUGCUAAUGUGCCUCUUGGCCUGCCAGGAAAUAUUACCUUUGUACCAAUCAAUAGUGUCGAUCUAGAUUCUUUGGGACUGUCUGGCAGUUCUCAGACAAUGACUGCAGGCAUUAAUGCCGAUGGACAUUUGAUAAACACAGGACAAGCUAUGGAUAGUUCAGACAAUUCAGAAAGGACUGGUGAGCGAGUUUCUCCGGAUAUUAAUGAAACUAAUACUGAUACAGAUUUAUUUGUGCCAACAUCCUCUUCAUCACAGUUGCCUGUUACUAUAGAUAGUACAGGUAUAUUACAACAAAACACAAAUAGCUUGACCACUUCCAGUGGGCAAGUGCAUUCUUCAGAUCUUCAGGGAAAUUAUAUCCAGUCGCCUGUUUCUGAAGAGACACAGGCUCAGAAUAUUCAGGUUUCUACAGCACAGCCUGUUGUACAGCAUCUACAACUUCAAGAGUCUCAGCAGCCAACCAGUCAAGCCCAAAUUGUGCAAGGUAUUACACCACAGACAAUCCAUGGUGUGCAAGCCAGCGGUCAAAAUAUAUCACAACAGGCUUUGCAAAAUCUUCAAUUGCAGCUGAAUCCAGGAACCUUUUUAAUUCAGGCACAGACAGUGACUCCUUCUGGACAGAUAACUUGGCAAACAUUUCAAGUACAAGGGGUCCAGAACUUGCAGAAUUUACAAAUACAGAAUACUGCUGCCCAACAAAUAACUCUGACGCCUGUUCAGACGCUCACACUUGGUCAAGUUGCAGCAGGUGGAGCCUUGACUUCAACUCCAGUUAGUCUAAGCACUGGUCAGUUGCCAAAUCUACAGACAGUUACAGUAAACUCUAUAGAUUCAACCGGUAUACAGCUACAUCCAGGAGAGACUGCUGACAGUCCUGCAGCUCUUGUCAAGAUCAUCAGUGAUUACUACAUUGUUAUUAAAUCCAAGAAUCAUUUCUCAGUCUUCACCUUAGUUGAGGAGUCCCUGGGUGGUGCAAACAAUAUUAGGAUCAAGGAAGAGGAACCUGAUCCUGAAGAGUGGCAGCUCAGUGGUGAUUCUACAUUGAAUACCAAUGAUUUAACACAUUUAAGAGUACAGGUGGUAGAUGAAGAAGGGGACCAACAACAUCAAGAAGGAAAAAGACUUCGAAGGGUAGCUUGCACCUGUCCCAACUGUAAAGAAGGUGGUGGGAGAGGUACCAAUCUUGGGAAAAAGAAGCAACACAUUUGUCACAUACCAGGAUGCGGUAAAGUCUAUGGGAAGACCUCACAUCUGAGAGCUCAUCUGCGUUGGCAUUCUGGGGAGCGUCCUUUUGUUUGUAACUGGAUGUUCUGUGGUAAAAGAUUCACUCGAAGUGAUGAAUUACAGAGGCACAGAAGAACACAUACAGGUGAGAAGAAAUUUGUUUGCCCAGAAUGUUCAAAACGCUUUAUGAGAAGUGACCACCUUGCCAAACAUAUUAAAACACAUCAGAAUAAAAAAGGUAUUCACUCUAGCAGUACAGUGCUGGCCUCUGUGGAAGCUGCGCGAGAUGAUACUUUGAUUACUGCAGGAGGAACAACACUUAUCCUUGCAAAUAUUCAACAAGGUUCUGUUUCAGGGAUAGGAACUGUUAAUACUUCCGCCACCAGCAAUCAAGAUAUCCUUACCAACACUGAAAUACCUUUACAGCUUGUCACAGUUUCUGGAAAUGAGACAAUGGAGUAAAUACUACGCAAAUACUUAUUCAUUGUGGUUAUUUUUAUACAGUAGUGAGAAGAAUAUUGUUCCUAAGUUCUUAGAUAUCUUUUUAUUGAUGUGCAAAAAUUUUUGGAUUGACAGUAACUUGGUUAUACAUGACACUGAAAUGCCUUACUUUGUAUGAUAUUCCAUAGUAUAUUAAAAAUGGUAAAAUUGCAUGGGUUUUGUAGGUACUUUUGGAAUCUAGAAGAAAUGAAAUUUUACCAAGUUAUAUAAAGAGAAAAUUGAAUUUAACAAUGCGAAUGGUAGUCUAACCAAAUGCAUCAAUCCUGUGUGGUUUAGUGUAAAAAUGAGAACAUGUUGGUAUUUAUCUAUUGUAAGAUAAAAAGUUGGUGGGUGAAAGAAAUCAUGUUAUGAUAAAAAAAAUUUUUUUGUAAUUUUCUUGAUGACUGGAAUUUUUAUUAUGCAUAACUGACAAAUCAAGUUUCCAAGCAAAUGUUACAUAGUGUAGGCUUUACUUAGCUUAUCAAUUUGUCAUUUUGAAGCUAAUUCUUUUAAUUAGGUUAACUAUGUACAAUAUUUUAAGCAUUACUCUUGUAAGAUUUUGAAAACUACAUUUUAACAUGGAACUCUAGGGAUAGUCACCUUUUAAAUCCUGUUGAAAAGCCAUGUUUAAGAUUUAAUUUGCCAAAAUAAUGUCUCGUUAAUAUUCUUUCAAUAACGAAGUUGGGCAAUAUAACCAAUGUUUAAAAAAGUUUAAAAUGUAUAGGUUGAGGCAUUUGGGUGGUAAGAAAGAUGUUAUAGUGAAUUAUCCCUUUUCUUGAAUAUUGGAGGACCAAAAAAAUAAGGUGUAUUGCGUCUUAGCAGUGAUUUUUACUCAAUCUUGUUUCCAAAAACCAUGUCUGCCAGGGCCUUAAAAGCCAUCAUGUAAAUUACCAGUAAAGUAUAAUAACAUAUGCAAACAUAACAAAAUCACUUCCAUAGUGACAAUACUCCAACCAUAUGGAUAUUAGUCAUAGAAAACUAGAGGUUUUAUGAUAUUUUUUUAAGGGUUUUUUUUUUUUUUUGUCUAGGUAGUCAGUCUGCACUUAAAUAUCAACCAUUUUUCUUUUUUGCUUCUUCCCUUAAAAUUUAUAUGUAUCCAGUACAUUUAAUUGAGAAACAUAUGUUUUUAUUAUGCUGUAUUUUCUUUUUAUCUUUUAAUUAUUGUUUAUAUUUUCAGUUAUUAAAAUGUACAAAAUAAAAUUACAUUGCUGGUCGUCUUGUAAGAGCUAUAUAAUUUUCCUCAAUGUAUACUUACAACUGCAACAGUUCACCUAUUUGAAAAAUUUGGAAUUCUGUUCAUUUGUUAUUCUUAAGACCACCUCAAAUUUAAAGGCUACCUUAUUGUACGUUUAAAGUGUAUUAUAACAGUGUGGUAGUUAAUAAAACACUAUUUUUUUUUUUCUUUUGAGUUUGUUGUAUUCCUAUGCAUUUAAAAUAUUGCAGUGGUAGGGGUAAGAAAAUUUGUGUGGCCUUUCAUCCCAGCCCUUCAUUCUUCUAUGUGUCAGGCACUAAAAUUAUUGUAAACAGGUAUAUUUAUUUCAAAAGGAAUGUGUGGAGCCAUUGGCAGCUUACUAAUUUUUCACCUAAGAGGGAGUGUCGAAGAUGUAACUUAGGAAAAAAAAAAAAACCUUUUAACCCUUAACUCAUUGACUCAUCAGUUUUAUCAUUGCUCUUUUGCAAACCUUUUUUGCUUCUCCUGUUAAAACAAUGCAGAAUAUUUUGAUUUAUCGAAAACCUGAAUUUAAUUAAGACUCCUGAGAAAAGAUAACAGAAGCCAUGUUUUGGUAACUGUGGCAAGAAUUAUUAGAAAAGAUUGUGUUUUGGGUUGUGUAUGUCUAAUCAUGAUGAGGGCAACAUACCAGGAAAGGAAAAAUAGAAAGUAUGACUGUAUUUUGGAUAUUUCAAAGUAAAAACCAAAUUCUUUUUCAUAUAUUUACAGUGGGGAUUAUGAUUUUCAUUGUCUUCUCCAGGUCCGAUCUAAAUAAACACUAUCAGUAAUAUCUUUGAAUGCAUAGGACAACUUUAGAUACACAAACAUGGACAAAAUUUUUCUAAAUGUAAGACUGAAGUGUGUGAUGUGAAAUAGGAACUAUUGGAAUCAUAGAAAUGAAUCAGUGGAAUGCUCUGAUGUUCUUUCAGGAUUAGAAGUUGAACUUACAAACUUCAGAUAAUCUCUAAUUUUUUAUUAUUGAGGAUUAUAUAAAGAGGCUUAUGUGAGGAGGUUGCUCAGUUGAGCAAAAUGCUCAGGUCAGAACAUAAAACUUUUUAGAGUGUUACAGUAGAUGUGUUUUUAAAUAAUAUUGAAAUUUUUAUGAUAAGUUUAGUGAGCAUUUUUCAUCCAUGGGUUUCCAAGCCUAUUUAAGAGUUCUUGGAGCAUGAAUGCAAUGAAGAAAGUAAGUAGUCUUAAAAAUUGUUUUUCAUUUUUAAGAUAUAUUGUGAUUCUGUUAGGGGUAUACCAGUGAGCUUUAAAUCUUUUACCUAACAGAAGUUAGCAUUCAGCCUCAGUGCAGGUGAUUUUAAAUAUUUUUAUAUCAAAAAUGUUAAAUAUACUCCAGAAACAAUAUGUGGAGAAUUACUCUGAAGUCAGGUUUUUCCUAGUUAUAAAAUUUCUAUUCUUGAUAUUAUGUAUAAGAUUUUAAGUUCAAGCAUACUCUUGAACUAAUAAGUGUUUUGUCAACUGCUUUAAUUUUUUGGUGCAUAUUCAGUAUAUUUACGUACAAAUCUAUCACAUAUUCUUACUAGUAGACUAGGUGUCUGUACUGUGUAUACAGUACAAUUUUUUUUAUCACUUAAAAAAUCUUUUUUCCUAGAUCAACACUUAAUAACUUCCAGUUACUCAAAAAACAUAAGCAAAAAAACUUUAAAAAGAACUACCCCUAUUGCAAUAAGUUAUGUGACCUGUAAAUAACUUUGGUCUUUCAAAAUAGUGAAAAUACUUAAGAUACUUGGAAAUACAUGUGCAUAUAAGCUGACAGCAUGACAGACAUUUCAUAGGAGAUAGUUCUUAACCAGUGUUGUUAUCAGAGAAUGCUGGGAGGCAGUUUAGGAAAUCCACUGACCUGCCAACCCUUUACUAAAUCAGCAUCUCUGGGGGUGAAGUACAUUUUUAAACAGCUUCUCAAGUUGCUCUGCUGAACACUCCUGAGUGAAAAUCACGUAAGUAGAGCAAGCCUCCCCUUUGAGUCUUAAAGUUCAAAUCUUUAUACUGCUUGAUUAGGAUUCCAGAAUUUUUGUUGUAUAAAGUUUUUUUAUUCAGUGUCGUUUGAAAUUUGGGGGUUUUUAUAUGAAUGAUUUUGGAAUUUAUUAAUAGCAUUUGGUCUUAAAAUUGACACAUUGUUGCUUAUGUUACCAGCUAGUAGACAUUUUGGUUUUCAAUUUUAAUUGUGUGAAGAAGUAUCUUCAACAUAAAGGAAUUUUUUACUUAAUAGUGCAUGUAAAACUUGUUACCGUGAAUUUGUAGUAAGUCUUUAGUUGUCUGACAAUGAGUGUAAAACAAGGUAGCUUAUAUUUUGGGGACAAAACUUGAUAGUUCAGUGAAAUCAUCCUUUAUUUAGUGUUGGGAAGACAAAUACUGAUUUGGCCACUUGUUCAGACAGAUUGCAUGCAGUUCAGUAUAAUUUAAAUGUAUACUAGUGUUUUGCAGAGGGAAAUUCUACAUGGAGAAGUAUGGUGAACGGUCAGCAAAGGAAGUGGCAUUAACAAAGGGUCAGUAUGGUUUAAGAGGGAUUGAGGAAUUUGUGAGAGGUGAAGUGGAAAAGUUUUGGAGGAGAGGCUAUUAAAUUGUAGAGGGGUUCAGAAUUUAAUCUUUGCCUGAUUCCUAAUCUUUUUGAAAUCAUGAGCUUUUUCCUGAGAAAAAUGUUAAAUUCAUUCAAUGCCAGAGCAUCCAAACGCUGCACUGGGAAUCUGUGAGCUAAAGUACUGCACUUUGGAAACAACCACACUUAAGGAACUGGGGGAGGAAGGCUAGCAGUCAAGGCUACUGGUAAAGAAGUUGUAGUGUGGUGACAAACAUCAAAUGCAGUAGAGAGGUUAAGUCAGAUGAAGAGUGAGAAAAGCCUUGAUUUUGGCAAUAAGGAGUCACCUCCACAUCUUUCUAAGCAAUUUAAGAGUGUAAAAGUUAGACUGGUCAGUUGAGCGCGCAGGAGAAACCGCUAUGGAGACAGCGUGGAAUAGUGGUGAAGGAAAGAUGGGCAGAUGCUUGGUUGAGGAAGGUCUUGGAAAGCAUUUUCUGACUAUAUGAAAGUGAUUUUAUAUUGACUGUUAAGAGUAUAAAAGAAUUAAAAUGAUCUCUAAGCUGCCCAGAAAUAACCAUUGUUCAUUUUGCUUUUCUAAAAUGCAUAGCAAAAUCGGGGUUUAGAAGAUACACAAGCUUUUUCUCCUAUUUUUAUUUGCAGUUAUAAAAUAACUUUUCUCCAUAACAAAUUUUUUGAAUGUUUUUAAAAAGCUGCAUGGUACGCUGCCAUGUAACAUGAUUCAUACCAUUUCACUACUGUAAAUUACAGUUGUUAUGGUGUUACAAACAAUAUGCUGCAAAGGAGAUCUCUGCCUCCUUCAGCUGUGUAAUCUCUACCUUUUAAUUCCUUUCUCUUCAAAAUCAUUGUUAAGCUACAUAUUAGAUGUCUGAUAAUAGGUUUCUUACCUUCUUAGAACCUAAUUUUCAGCUGUCGGAGAGAAAACAUUGGUCUCACCCUUCUGGGAAUAUGGGAGAAUGAAGAAAACUAAAGAUACAAGGGACCCCAAAUUCUCACAAAAAGACCAUACUUAAUGGUCUUACUGAGACUAGAGGAAUCCCGGCGGUCAUGUUCCCUAAACCUUCUGUUGGCCCAGGACAGGAACCAUUCCCAAAGACAACUCAGCAGACAUGAAAGGGACUGGACAGUGGGUAGGAGAGAGAUGCUGAUGAAGAGUGAGCUAACGAUAUCAGGUGGACACUUGAGACUGUGUUGGCAUCUCCUGUCUGGAGGGGGGAUGGGAAGAUAGAGUUGGAAGCUGGCAAAAUUGUCACGAAAGGAGAGACUGGAAGGGCUGACUCAUUAGGGGGAGAGCAAGUGGCAGAACGGAGUAAGGUAUAUAUAAACAUGUGACAGUCUGACUUGAUUUGUAAAUGUUCACUUGAAGCUCAAUAAAAGUUAAAAAAAAAAAAAAAAA